AUGAUCAACAUCCCGGUUACAGCAGCGCUUGCUCUCCUUUGUCUUGCCGUCUACAAGUUCUUCAUUUAUCCUACUGUCCUCUCAUCUUUAGCUAAGAUACCGAAUGCCCACUGGUCCUCAUCUCUGAGUCCGGCAUGGAUCCUGUACCAUCGGCAGCGGCAAGACGAUACGACCACGGUUCAUGCGGCUCAUCAAAGACUGGGACCCAUCAUAAGGCUUGCCCCAAAUGAGAUCUCCAUCAACAGUGUCGAUGGAGGAAUCAGAUCCGUGUAUGCCGGUGGCUUUGAAAAAGGUUCAUGGUACUCGAAUGUCUUUUCGAACUAUGGCGUUGAGCCAAUGUUUGCAAUGGAAGGCCACUCUGAACACUCGAAGCGGAAAAGAAUGCUCAGCAAUGUCUAUGCUAAGUCAACUUUGCAAAGCAGUGCAUCUUUGACGAAGCAGACCGACGUUCUGAUCAAAGAAAGGCUAUAUCCAAGAUUGAAGGCUGCGGCAGAUUCUGAAGAGCCCAUCGAAUUGUAUGAUGUCUUUUCCGCCGUGACCAUGGAUUUCGUGUCCGGCUACAUCUUUGGGAUGAACAAUGGCAGCGACUUCAUUCGAGAUGAAGAAGCUGGCAUAAAGCUAUUCCAUGACUUCAAAGCGCGUCAGAAGUAUACCUUCUGGCCACAGGAGAUGGCGGCUUUCACCCAGAUUCUGGAGAAGGUUGGGCUCAAGUGGCUUGUAGUGCCCAAAUGGGUAGAUCAAGCCAAUCAAGAAAUUGAGGACUGGCUCAUCGCCAUGUGUGAUAGAGCAGAGCAGACUAUCCAAAUGGCAGAAGCGGGUGAAAAGGUCCGGACGGAGGAUCAUCCCACAGUCUACUCGCAGCUUCGUAACACGCUCAGUAAAGAUGCAUCCAGGCAAAAGGGAAUUACGGGAGGGCUCGAUCAAAGUGACGGCUCACGUAUAAGGAUCGCCAGCGAGUUACUCGAUCAUACUCUCGCCGGCUUCGACACUUCUGGCAUAACUCUCACCUGGCUCGCGUGGCAACUCAGUCGUGCAGAUAAUGCACCAUGGCAGCGAAGACUCCAAGCAGAACUUGCGACUCUGGAUCAAAGCCUCGAUGCGAAGUCGAUCGACAACUUACCUGUACUUCACGCGACAAUCAUGGAGACGCUUCGACUCCAUGCGGCUAUACCGGGCAACCAACCUCGCAUCACGCCGCAAACAACAACCACUCUCGGCGACGCCGAGGCCGGGAUAAUGUUCACCAACCUACCACCUGGCAUCCGCGUGCAAGCUCAAGCAUGGUCUCUGCACAGAAAUCCUAGGGUCUUUCCAGAGCCUGAGGUCUGGAACCCCGAGCGCUGGCUCAACGAGCAAGGCGAGUUGAGGAACGACCCUCGCAUGGCACGUUGGUUCUGGGCCUUUGGCUCUGGUGGCAGGAUGUGUGUGGGUAGUAAUCUCGCGAUGCUUGACAUGAAAGCUACCGUAGUAGGGAUCUGGAGUAAGUUCAGCACUGAAGUGGCAGAUGAUGAAGGCAUGGUGCCGAACGGUGGCUACAUGGCAGAGCCUCUCGGCGUCGGUCCUGGUGGGAAGAAAGGGAUCGGAAAGGGGAGAAAGUUCUUGAGGUGCAGGUUGACAGAAGCAUAG